AUGCAAGUGAGGCAAUUUAGUUGUGGAAUUGGAUAUCCACCUAAGCCAGAGGAGAAUCCAGUUCGAUUUAGCUUUCUUUAUACUAAGGAAAAUGAUAAAUAAGAAGUACUUGCUAGAGAAGGAGAAACAUUGCUAGAGGUAGCACAUAACAAUAAAAUAGAGCUUGAAGGUGCUUGUGAGCAGAGCCUUGCUUGCUCAACAUGCCAUGUUAUCUUAGAGGAGGAAAUAUUUGAGAAUCUUGAAUCACCUAAAGAAGAAGAGGAAGAUUUACUUGAUUUGGCAUAUGGAUUGACUCUAACGUCAAGACUAGGAUGCUAGGUAAAAGUCACGAGAGCAAUGGAAGGAAUGUUGGUUAAAUUGCCAUCAAAUACCAGGAAUUUUUACGUAGAUAAAAAUAAGUUAGACCUUCAUAAAUGA